ACUCCUCCACGGCGCAGGAUCACUUUAUAGCUUCCGCGGAAGAACCCGUCUCUGCUGUCCCGCUAAAGAUGGAGCUAUCUGCGGCAGGGGACCGUGUGUUUGCCGCUGAGGCCAUCCUGAAGCGCCGCGUCCGCAAGGGACGAAUGGAGUACCUGGUGAAAUGGAAAGGAUGGGCGAUAAAGUACAGCACAUGGGAGCCUGAGGAGAAUAUCCUUGAUGAACGACUCGUUGCAGCGUUUGAACAAAAAGAGCGAGAGCAAGAGAUGUAUGGACCUAAAAAGAGGGGCCCGAAACCUAAAACGCUGCUUCUGAAGUCAAGAGCACAGGCUGCAGAAACCUCCCCACGAGUCCAGGAGUUCAAGCACAGUCGUCCACAGCAGCAUUCCAAACUUCCUCCUCCCUCGGCCACACCAUCCUACACCCCCACUGCCUCCUCCAAUGCCAAGUUGCAGUCCGGGGCUGCUCAGCCCAAAUUAAAGAAAGACAUUCACCGUUGCCAUCGUAUGGCACGCCGCCCCUUACCCCGUCCCCCCGACUCUGCACAAACGUUCGGUUCCUCCAAUCCUUUCUCAUCCCGGCCAACAGUCAGUCCAUUCUCAGAAACAGUCCGUAUUCUGAACCGCAAAGUGAAACCCCGAGAGGUGAAGAAGGGUCGGGUCAUUCUGAACUUAAAAGUGGUCGACAAGGCUGGGAAUGGUGGAGUCCCCAAUAGUAAAAGGACAAACAUGCAAAGCUUCACCCAGCAAUCCCACUUUGGGCGCCAGAAAAUUCCAUCUCGGAAUAGAGUAAUUGGAAAGAAUAGGAGGUUUGGAGAAGGUUCGUACAGAGGAAUCCAGCCCCCCAUUAGUGGUUCUGGAUUCCCUGCAUUUGGAAAACUGUUUGACUCUGCAAGCAAUUCUGAGAGCCAGACUCAAAGUGUAGAGAAUCAUGGUAAUGCAAUCAGCAACGGUCUCUCUUCGUCAUCGACUUUCCCACCACAAAUCCAACCCAAGAAUUCCUCAUUGAUGCCCCAGGCCUCACCAACAACUGCCCCAGAUCAGGCCAUCCACAAACUCAGCCCUCAACCUGUGGCCUCAAAAAACAGCUCAGCUCCAUCCGUUCUUCCAUCCUCUCCCAUGUUUUCCUCUUCAUCCUCUGCAUCAUCAUCAUCAGAGGAGAAUGAGCACAUCCUUGACCUUUCCGUACCUCAUGAAAUGGACAGGCGAGUGCGGCGUCGCCAUCCCUUCUCUGGUCGUCGGCCACUAAAAGUCCCUGAGGUGCCCGUAUCGGAAGAGCCAUCAGAGGAAGAGAAGGAUUUGGAUUGGCAUCCUGACAUGACAUCCCGAUGUGCCAACGUGGUCGUCACAGACAUUACGGCUAACCUCUUCACCGUAACGAUCAAAGAAUUCUGUCAUCCACCCUCCGCAACCUCUCCACCCUGCAACCCCAAAAGUAUAUCAUCACAAAACAACACAUUUCAUUACUUAUUUUUUUCAACCGCCACCCUGAAGUUCAUUGUUGUCAUCUUGGCCGCCGGGAUGGUGGCGUUUAUUGGAGCGGUCAUCUGCAUCAUCGCCGCGGUCCACAGCGGAUCUCCACCGGCAUCCGCGGCCGCUGCACAGCCUCUGGCCGACAACCAGUCACUGUCACCGGACGCGAGCGGGAAAACGUUUUCCUCAGCCCGGGCAGGACCGCUGGACGCUCUCCAUGGUACUGACGCGACCAGUAGGGAUAGAGGGGUACCGGAGGCGCCUACCUUUUACGGUUUAACGGGAGUAGGAACAGGAGGUAGCGAACAGCAGGUCACUUACAGCAGACUAAUCUGCACCCCAGUGCCCGCCGGCGAGUGCAACCCAAAAAACUUUCAGCAACAAGCGGACGACCAGUCGCUUUAUGCGGGAGAGGACUGGGGAUAUCUCCGAACCACAGCCGAAGAGCUCCGGCAAACCGUGCUCCAGCAGAAACAAGAGAUACUCACGGAUCAGAAAACCAUCCGGGAGCUAACCGUAAAGCUUUCGGAAUGCGAGAGUGGGUUGAAGGGACGGAGGGUCCCGGAGCGGAGCGCGUCGCUUUCGGACACAAGAAAAGAGAACAAGGACCAACUCAUGAUGCGGGACGAUGCGGGAUUCUCAAUGCCGACGACUCAUGCGGUUGAGGAGCUGGUGCAUUCCAUAACCCAAAUGAAAGACCGCAUAGAGAAACUGGAAUAUGAAAUGGCCCCACCAGCGUUCAAUCACACAGACACAAGCUCACAGAAAGCCACAGGCACUGUCUCUAGCACUUCUCGUAAGCCAGUGGCAGCCACACAGAGACGAGUGGAGGACCUGCAAGGAGAACUGAAGAGAAAGAUAAAACUGCUGGAGGAAGAGAGAAAAGCUCUCCGCAAAGAGACACAGAAACACCAGGAGCAUAUUGACAAUGGACUGGAUACCAUACACCAGCAGAUAAACAGUCUGGAGAAAGAAGAAAGAAAGUUUACACAUCUGGGAUGGCAUGAGGGUCUGUCUGAGAACAAGUUUCCAGAGGGUUACAGGCUCUCAUUCCCCAUACGUAGUAGCUCCAUGUAUGCCAUUGUAAAACAGGAAAUCCCAGCCCUCCACGCUCUCACCGUCUGUAUGUGGUUUAGGCCUGCCAAGAGCAUCAUGGGAACAGCAGUUUCAUAUGCUGUAUCUGGUCAGAGCCACGAGUUUGUGCUACAGCAGCUGGUUCAUGGACCCAUUGAACUUAUAAUUAAUAAUGAGGUAGCGCUGUUGCCGCUGAACUUGACAGUGGGCAGAUGGCAGCAUAUGUGUGUGAGCUGGAACCAAAGGUCUGGAGUGUGGCAUGCCUACUUAGGGGGCAAGCUAAAGAGUCAUGGGAGUGAACUGGCAACACGGCACUCCAUCCGACCGGGAGGAACUCUCAUACUUGGCCAAGAACAAAGCUCGAUGGGUGGUCUUCGUUUCGAGGCAUCGCGGGUUCUGGUGGGAGAGCUGUCCCAGUUUAACAUGUGGGAUCACCUGCUAUCACACUCAGAGCUCUCUGCUCUCGCCCACUGCAGCACAGACAUGAUGGGUAAUGUAGUGCCCUGGACCAGCCGAAAGGUAGAGGUUUUUGGUGGGGUCAUCAAGCAACCGACCGAUCACUGCGACCACCGCACCAGCGCAAGGCAGUGAUGGGCUCCUGAUCAGGGAUAGUUUUAGGGUCAUAGAUGGGCACGGCAGAGAUUGUUGAGGGAAGAUAAACCCAUACCGCCAUCAAACAUUUGUGUAGGCUGCUUUAAAGGAACAGUUAAAAAUUCGGUCAUCAUUUACUGUCCCUCAUGAUAUUCCAAACCUGUGCUGUUAUCUUUCUUCCGUGGAAUUCAAAAGGAGAUGUUUCACCGAAUGCCCAAGCUGCUCUUUUUUCCAUACAAUUAGUAUGGAACUGGGGCUGAGUGCCACAAAGGUAAGAAAAGCUCAAUAAAAGUACAAUAGUCAAUAUGCUUAAUGCACUAUAUACCAAGUCUUCUGAAGCCAUAAUAGUUUUGUAUUAUGUAAAAUUUGAGUAAUUAUUCACUGAUAAUCUUUGCGCAUUCAACGAUGCCUUUUGUGUUCAAUAGAAGAGAGUCAUACAGGUUUAGAAUGACAUGAGGGUGAGUAAACGAUAACAGAGUUUUCACUUAUUGAGUGAACUGUUGCUUUAAGCAAGUGUUUGGGAAACACUUAGAAAAUGUGUGUCUAGUAGCUUAAAUAGGCUGGUAUUUUAUUUACAGUAACACUUUUCUUUUUCUUUUUUUUAUCUCUUUCAGUCUUGCUUAUAAUAUGUCUGAAAGGCAAACAUCACUUAAAACACAUUAUGAGGGAUCUUAAGGCUCAAUGCAUGAUGAAAGUAUAAUUUUGUUUAUUUUUUUUUCCACAGUUCAAAGCAAGCAUUUGAAUACUUUAGAUCUGUUAUUCUUAAUACCAUGUAGUUGCUUUCAAUUAGUUUAGAAAGAAACACACGCAAACAACUGGGAAUCUUUUCGCCGUGUUUGUUAUCAAUCUGCCGUUUGGGUGAGUUGUUUUUAUAUGUUUGAUGUUUUAUUCUUGUUUUUUUAAGGUUUUUUUUUUUUUUUUUUAAAGAUGUUUUUGUAAUACUUUGAAUCAUGCUGUUUCUAUGGUGAUCACUCCAAUAGACUGGAUCCAUAUUGGUCAAGCCAGUCCCUAUUUUAUUCUCCUCCAUCUAAAACCCUUUUAUAUCCCAUCAAAAUCACAUUCAGUAAGCCUGAACAGCAAAGGAAGGGAGCUCAAUACAUCAGUAACAGUUUAAAGACGACAUUUGGCUAAAUGAAUAAGUCAGCAAUAUUUUUAUUAAUAACUACAUAAACCUUUAAAGCCAUUUUAACCCUUUACAAUGUGGCAUCUACGGUGACAUACUUUUCAGCGUUCCUGUUAAAAUUAACCUGCAUAUAUCUACAGACAAAGAAGCAGAUAUAUAUAAAUAUAUAUACACAAAUUUAUGCAAAAUCUACUGAACAAAAUUGUAUUUGUAAAAUAAGCUAAUAAACAUUCCAUAUUGUUUAAUAUUUAUUUGUACAUUCCACAAUGCAUCUCUAUGUAAAUGUGACUGCUUAUAUAAAUUGCAUCACACUUGUAGUACACUGUGUUAUACUGUAUGUGGAUUAUACUGAAUGUAUUGUGUAUGUAAUAUACAGCAGGCUGGAAACUGCCAGUUUUGAUGGCCUUGCCAAGUAAAGACCCAAAUAUAUGGACAUUUUUAUCAUAGCGUACUGAAUUGAAAUUAUGGAUGUGGAAACCAUUGUUAUGAAUGUUGCAGUUGUUUUAUAGGCAUGAAGUUUAAGAUUUCCAUUGAUAGCGUCAUUGAUGAGUAUAAUCUCACAUGGUUGGGAACAGAUUUAACUUGUUGCUGACUGUUUCUGAAAGAAUGUUUUACCAAUGAAUUUCCUUGGCUUUUCACUCUGAUACAUAGCAUAUUUGCUCUUGUUAGUGCAGUUGGCAUUUCUGUGGUUAUUUUUUGAUGUUUAAUUAUUUUAAUGUCACAAACAAGAUUUAAACCAUAUUCACAAAGAGUUGUUUGCAAAGAAUUGAUAAUAGAAGCCAAAUGUAUUUGAAUGGCAAUGUUUUGAAGAUUGGAAUAAGUUUGAUAUGGUCUCUCUUUUUUGCAUUCUCGCAUUUAUAUAUUUUAUUAUUUUUUCUUUUCUCCUGGAAUCUCUUCAUCCCUUGCAUCCUGUCUGUGUCUUUGUCUGUAUUAAACUGGAGACCAAAUGUGUUAAAAUCUAAAAUGACCAUGAGAAUUAAAGUAUAUAGCACAACGAAUGCCAAA